AUGGCUUCUGCUAUCAUGUUCUCAUGCCAAAUCCCACAGCAGACCCUCUCCUUCAAACCCAUGGUCGCCGCAGCAACGCCUGCAGCCAUGCCCUUUAAACUUUCAUCUCAGGCAGCCUAUAAAAAUACAAAAAUGGGGCAGCAGAGAAUCUGUUUAAGAAGGCAUGAACAGAACAAACCUUUCCACAAUCGGAGGCUCGACUUGAUCGUGCCAUCAGCAGCUGAAAGUGAUGAUAUUACAUUGGAUCAGAUUUCUGCAGCAGAUACAAUCAGGAAUUUCUAUGCCUGCAUCAAUGAGAAAAAGUUAAAAGAACUAAAUGAGUACAUUUCAGAUGAUUGCUGCUUUGAGGAUUGCACAUUUAUAUCCCCAAUUCAAGGCAAAAAGGAAGUUAUGCGUUUCUAUCAACAGCUCACCACAGGCAUGGGCCAGAAUGUGAAGUUCAUCGUUGAACAUGUUUGUGAAGAUAAUGAAUUCACAGCAGGAGUAAAUUGGCACAUGGAAUGGAAAAAAAGACCACUACCUUUCACAAGGGGCUGCAGCUUUUAUGAGUGCUCACAGAUCGGGGACCGACUAGUAAUAAAGAAAGCUCGGGUCGUAGUUGAAUCACCAAUCAAACCGGGAGGCAUGUUGCUGAGUCUGUUAAAGAAUGUGACUUCAAUAUUCGACGAUUUCCCAAAUUUUGCAGAAUGGUUCCUAAAGAGUACUCAUGUCAUUGUCCGGUUCUUACUCAAGAUUUACUCAAGACUUCUAGCACCUAUUGUCAAUCCACUUCUGGCAGGCUACAUCAAAAUAUGGAAUUUCAUGGCCCGAGGGUUUGUCUUUGCUCUAAACAUUCUACUCAACAUUUCAAAGAAAUUUUUUGGGUAGGAAACACCAACAAAGAUCCUUAUGUACAAAAAUGCAUACGGGUUUGCAUCGUCAAUCACUCAUCAUCAUCACCAUUGUGGCAUGACAACAUUGAGACCAAUGAGAAAGCAAGCAGAAUGAUCACCUGGAAGGAACGAAAGGAUAUUUCUUUGUCAUUAAACUCGCCCUCCUCCUUUAGAACUGUUAAUCUCUUGUUUCUUUGGAGUUGAAGUAGCAAUAAUACCUGGUUUUUAAGAGCAUGUCAAUGUCUAGAAUAGAAAAUUCUUGAAUUUAUUCAAUUAGAACAAUAACAAGACCCUAGUACCCUAUGAUCCUGCCACAAGAUAGACUUGUUCGAAUUUGUAAUUCAAUGAAAAUAAUAAUGCUGCUAUUCCACGCA